AUGGAAAGCCUGGCCGCACCGAUUGUUAGCUCGGGACUCUCCACAAGAACCAACGGGAAUAGUGGCAGCGAGUUACUGAAGAAAUGGCAUCCGCCUUAUCUCUACCAACAUCAUCGAUCGACAGUUUCUUCCGGUUCUCCCUCCGGUGGACAAAUCCAGCUGUGGCAAUUCCUCCUCGAACUGUUAUCCAACUCAGCGGACAACCACUGUAUAGCCUGGGAAGGUCAGAACGGAGAGUUCAAACUUGUCGAUCCAGAUGAAGUGGCCAGACGCUGGGGAGAGAGGAAAUCAAAGCCAAACAUGAACUAUGAUAAAUUGUCUAGGGCACUGAGAUAUUAUUAUGACAAAAACAUAAUGUCCAAGGUUCACGGGAAACGUUACGCGUAUAAGUUUGAUUUCCAAGGAUUAUCAGCCGCCCAGCAGCAGCAACAGUCCCAUUCGCUGCCGGCAGCUCCUGCAGACUACAGGAUGCAGCAGGAGUUGUUCCUCGCUGCACCUCAGGUCUAUCCGGGCUCGCGGAAAGUCUCGCCCAUGGAUUUCUCCUCAGGCAGUUAUUGGAGCAGUUCUGGCAAUCCUUGUCCGCAAUACAGGAACUCAGGAUCUAUGCAAUACUCAUGCGGAAUGUGA